UUUUGACAUAUCUUGAAUUUUGGCGGAGCUGCCUUAUGCGCCUUGAGAAGCACAAAAUUUCCCUCCAUCGCAAUUUCCGCUUGGCCAGUCAGAAAGGCGAAAGAAAAUGACAGAGAUUCAAGGAAACACUGAGAAAAUGGACAAACGGAAGAACCAAAGUAAGCUCUUAGUCUUCACCGGCGGCGCUGCUCUUCUCGCCGUCGCCGUGAACCUUGCAAUUGUAGCCAUCAGCAAACGGAAGAAGAAGAAAGAACUUCCAGGAUUUGAGCUACGCGUCAACCUCUCGCCAUCUGAGAUUCUGAACCUAGCAGAUAAAAUUAUUGCGAAGUCGAAGAAGGUUCAUGAUACUGUUGCGUCUGUUCCUCCUAACAAGGUUACAUAUUCGAAUGUAAUUUCACCACUGGCUGAUUUAGAGGCUGAACAAUUUCCACUAGUACAAUCAUGUGUGUUUCCAAAACUAAUAUCUACUUCAGACGAUGUGCGUGUAGCAAGUGCUGAAGCAGAGCAGAGAAUAGAUGCUCAUGUUCAGAUGUGCAGCAAACGUGAAGAUGUGUAUCGUGUUGUCAAAGCCUUUUCUACAAGAGGGGAGCAGACAAGUGCUGAACAGAAGUGUUUUAUCCAAUGUUUGGUUAGAGACUUUGAGCGGAAUGGCUUAAACCUUACUUCAUCAAAGAGGGAGGAAUUGCUGCGAUUGAGGGGGCAAAUUGAAGAGCUAAGCCUAAGAUAUAUUCAAAAUCUGAACGAUGAUGGUACAUGCAUCCCUCUUAGCGAGGCUGAAUUGGAUGGCUUACCAAAAGAAUUUUUUGAGAGUCUUGAUAAAACUGAAAAUGGUAAGUUUAAGGUGAUCAUGCGAAACCAUCACACUGCGGCAGUGUUAGAACAUUGCAAGGUAGGCACGACAAGGAGGAUGGUGGCAACGACAUAUGGAAAGAGGUGUGGAGAAGUGAAUCUUUCUAUUCUAGAAAAUUUGGUUCAUCUGCGACACAAAUUUGCCCGCUUACAAGGCUAUUCAAACUAUGCAGACUAUGCUGUUCAUUAUAGAAUGGCAAGGUCAUCCGCUAAGGUAUUUGAAUUCUUGGAGAAAAUCUCUGAUAGUUUAACAGAUUUGGCUGCCAAGGAACUUGCAAGCUUAAAGGACCUAAAGAAGCAAGAGGAAGGAGAAAGUCCAUUUGGUAUUGAGGAUCUAUUAUACUAUGUAAAAAAGGUAGAAGAUCAAGAAUUCAACCUGGACUUUGUGACUGUCAAGCAAUACUUUCCAGUCUCUUUGGUUUUAUCUGGGAUCUUCAAGAUAAUGCAAGACCUCUUCGGUUUGAGGUUUGAGGAAGUGAUGGAUGCUGAGGUUUGGCAUAGUGACGUUAAGUUAUAUUCAGUCUUUGAUCUCAACUCUGGUGAACUAAUUGGUUACUUCUUCCUUGAUCUAUACACAAGGGAGGGAAAAUACAUUCAUACGUGUGUGGUGGCCCUUCAAAACAGUGCAUUACUAUCCAAUGGGACACGGCAGAUACCAGUGGCAUUAUUGAUAUCUCAAUUACAGAAGGAUGUUGAUGGUCAUGCUGGGUUGAUGCGAUUCACUGAAGUGGUUAAUCUUUUCCACGAGUUUGGCCAUGUGGUUCAACAUAUUUGCAAUCGUGCAUCAUUUACUAGGAUCUCAGGGCUGCGUGUUGAUCCUGACUUUGUUGAGAUCCCUGCUCAGAUUCUAGAAAACUGGUGCUAUGAAAGUGUUUCUUUGAAGUUGUUAUCUGGUUUUCAUCAGGAUAUUACAGUGCCCAUCAAGGAUGAAGUAUGUGAAUCACUGAAAAAGUGGCGACAUUCUUUUUCUGCACUGAAAUUGAAGCAAGAAGUUCUUUAUUGUCUUUUUGAUCAAAUCAUACAUUGUGCUGAAAAUGUUGACAUCGUUGAAUUAUUCAAGCAUCUCCAUUCAAAGGUAAUGCUAGGUUUGCCCAUGCUAGAAGGAACCAAUCCUGCUUCAUGCUUUCCAUGUAGUGCUAUUGGUUAUGAAGCUGCCUGCUACAGUCGUAUAUGGAGUGAGGUUUUUUCUGCUGAUAUUUUUUUCUCAAAGUUUCGCGGUAAUCUUUUGAACCAAUAUAUUGGCUUGCAGUUCAGAAACAAGAUACUGCCAUUGUCCAGUUUCUCUUUUAUAAAGUAUCCGUCAAUCUCCACAUGUUUCAUUCGAUCAUGUUGUACUGGAUUAUUGGUGAUGCUUAUAGCAACUUUAUUAUCACAAUAG